CGCCGUGAUUGCGCGGCGGUGUUUGAGCCUCGGCGCGGCCCGUAGCGGGUAGCGCCGCGCUCGGCUUUGACAUGGCGGCGGCCGGCGCGGGGGGCGGGCAGGCUCCGGGCCGCCUGUUGAGGACUUCAAGGAUUCUGGACCACUGUUACUGAAAUGAUAUUACAGAAGGCAGCAAUUGCAUUGUGUUUGUUGGAUGAAACCCAGAUAUUUACUGUCAGUGAAGUGGGUGAAACCCCUACCUGCAGUUUACAUGUGUAGGUCACUGCGGUACUGUGUUAGUCACUGUCUCUAUGCAGCAAUGACAAGGCUAGAAGAAGCAAACAGAGAAGUGAACAUGCACUCAUCAGUCAGAUACCUUGGCUAUCUUGCCCGAAUCAAUCUACUGGUUGCCAUUUGCAUGGGCCUUUAUGUCAGGUGGGAAAAAACUGCAGAUGCACUGAUUUUGGUAAUAUUUAUUCUGGGGCUCUUUGUUCUUGGAAUUGCCAGCAUACUGUACUACUAUUUUUCAAUGGAAUCAGCAAGUUUGAGUCUCUCCAAUCUUUGGUUUGGUUUUUUGCUUGGCCUUCUCUGUUUUCUCAAUAAUUCUGCCUUUAAAAUGGAUGUGAAAGAAGAAGCUACAAAAUAUUUGCUUCUCUCUGCCAUUGUUUUAAGGAUAUUAUGUGCUUUAGUUGAAAGGAUUUGUGGUUGUGUCCAUCAUCGACCAACUCUGCUGACAACAGUUGAGUUUUUGGAGCUAGUUGGAUUUGCAAUUGCCAGCACAACUAUGCUGGUAGAAAAAUCUGUAAGUAUUAUUCUGUUGGUCUUGGCUUUGGCCAUGUUGAUUAUUGACUUACGUAUGAAGUCUUUUUUGGCAAUUCCAAAUUUGGCAAUUUUUGGAGCUAUUGCAUCCCUACUCUUUUUUCCAUCACUGCAAAUCCCCACAAACCCUUUUGCCUUGGCGUGUUUCUUCAGCUGCCUCAUUUCAGAUCCCCUUCUCGACGUUUACUUCAGUGGACUUUCGGUUACUGAGCGAUGGAAGCCAUACCUGUACCGUGGUAAAAUUUGCAGGCGGCUUUCUGUCAUCUCAGUUGGAGUCAUUGAACUAAUCUUUUUCAUUCUUGCCGCCUUUAAACUACGUGAUUUGGAACUCUGGUAUUUUGUGAUACCUGGUUUUUCUAUUUUUGGAAUUUUCUGGAUGAUCUGUCAUGUGAUUUUUUUUAUAACUCUUUGGGGCUUUCACACAAAACUCAAUGACUGCCACAGGGUGUACUAUACUCACCGAGCAGAAAACAACAGCCUGGACAGGGUCAUGGCAUCUAAAGGAAUGCGUCACUUCUGUUUGAUCUCAGAGCAGCUGGUAUUUUUCAGCCUUGUUGCGACUGCUGUUUUGGGAGCAGUCUCUUGGCAGGUUAUCAGCAAUCAUAGCUGUGGUGUUUGGACUUGCAGAAAGGACAGAAGGAAACAGAACCAAAAAAGUAGAGAUAAUAAGCAAUCUGUUCAGUGCAAAAGUUGUGGGGAAUCAAGUUGUCAAGAAGCAAGUUGGAGCCAGCCAACCAAUGGGAUCUUCAUGAGUGCAUUUCUGAUCGUCCUACCUUUGGAGUCCAUGGCUCAUGGGCUUUUCCAUGAACUGGGAAACUGCUUGGGAGGAACAUGUGUCGGGUAUGCUGUUGUGAUUCCCACCAACUUUUGCAGUCCUGAUGGCCAACCGACUCUUCUUCCACCUGACCAUGUCCAAGAGUUAAAUCUGAGGUCUACUGGCAUGCUUAAUGCCAUCCAAAGAUUUUUUGCUUAUCACAUGAUUGAGACGUAUGGUUGUGACUACUCUACAAGCGGGCUGACCUUUGAUACCCUUCACUCCAAGAUCAAGUCGUUUCUUGAACUUCGGACUGCAGAUGGACCCAGACAUGAUACCUACAUUCUGUAUUACAGUGGUCACUCACAUGGCACUGGUGAAUGGGCCCUGGCAGGGGGUGAUGCUUUACGACUUGACACGCUGUUGGAGUGGUGGAGAGAAAAGAACGGCACUUUUUGUUCUCGACUCAUCAUUGUUUUAGACUGUGAGAACUCUCAGCCUUGGGUUAAAGAAGUAAGAAAAGUAAAUGACCAGUAUGUUGCUGUGCAAGGAGCAGAAAUGGCCAAAGUUGUAGACAUCGAGGAAGCAGACCCUCCUCAGCUUGGUGACUUCACCAGGCAAUGGGUGGAGUACAACUGUAACCCUGACAGCAACAUCAGCUGGUCUGAAAAGGGCCGCACUGUGAAAGCAGUGUAUGGUGUGUCAAAGCACUGGAGUGACUACACUUUGCAUUUGCCAACGGGAAGUGAUGUUGCCAAACACUGGAUGAUGUACUUCCCACGCAUCACCUAUCCAUUAGUACAUUUGGCAAACUGGUUUUGUGGUCUCAAUCUGUUCUGGGUCUGUAAAGCGUGCUUUAGGUGCUUAAAAAGAUUGAAAAUGAGUUGGUUUCUUCCCACAGUGCUGGAUACAGGACAGGGCUUCAAACUCGUCAAAUCCUGAUCAGCAACCAAAGAGAAAAUGAAAUGAGAGCUUUGUGAACUUUCUCACUGUACCAUACUUAAAACUUUUUCUAUGACUAUUUUUCUCUGAAAAAGUCUGCUCUACUCACUUUAUUCAGCUUUUUGAGCAGCUACAGUAUAUGCAACAGUUAGAAAUUGCAAUCUUAAACAGAAGAGGGUAGAACUAUGAUAUUUUCAAUUUUGUUACAUGUACAUAUGUAAGAGACUUAUUUAAUAUGACCAUGCAUUUUGGAGACAAGCCCCCUGUUCAUAUGUCUUAUUAAGGCAGCCUUUGUUUAGAGACACCAGUAUGAUGGACAGGAGCUCCUGUGAAUGUUACACGAUGCUGAUCUGUCAUUUAUGUUCACUAUACAGUUCAAAUACAGGGAAGGAACUAAGCUAAUACUGCAGUCAAUAUAUGUGUGCUUGAAAUUAUGUGGUGGAAUCACUGAGCCAAAAAAAAACCCAGAAUAUAUAGCUGCUCUAUAUAAGUAGCUACCAAAAAGCUUUAGUUUUAUUUGCUUUUACAUCUUGUGCCCUGCCUUAGUUCUCUACUCCCAUCAGUGGAAAUUUGCCAUGGAAAACAAGGAAAUCAGACAACCCUCUAAUGCUCUGAUACUUCUCAGACAGUGUGUUUUGAAGUAAGUUUUAAAAAUAUUCAGUGUUACUUUCAACAUUAAAUAUCUUGCUGGUGAUCUUUGAGCAUACAUUCCCAGAAAUUAAUUUAUAUAUGGAAUAAAAACUGCAGUGAACAUUUUUCCCUCACCUUUUAGGUGAUUCUGAAUUUUCCAGGCUCUUACUAGUUUGUAUUUUGAAAAGCUACUCUGAAGAAAACAAAGCAAAACAAAACCCAGGGAAUUUAACAGAGAAAAUAAUCCUUAGAUAAAAAAUGGGAAUACAAGUGUUGCCUUGCUUCCACAUUUAUCUGAAGUCCUUGGUGUGCCUAAGAUCUUGAUUCUGGGAAUUUGUGAAUAUAGAGUUGGACCAGUGAGUUCAUUAUCUAUUAAAACCACAAGCAAAGUUUGUUUGAAUGGCUUAUUCUUUUAGGAGAAAAGGGAAUCCUCGGUGUUCCUUAAGUCUUUUCUCCCACUUACAAGAUCCUGAUUUUAAUGCUUCCAGAGCUGGAUGGGACUCUAGAAAUCCUUCAGUCAUAAAAGCUACAUCGCUUUUUUAUGUCAUUUUCUCAAGUACAGAAAAUUAGGGGUGAAACAAGUAAGUGGCUAAGACAAUACAAUUUGUGGUGGUUUAUUUGCAUAUGUGUGUGCAAUUCAGCAGACAUACAGUUUACUUUUUUCUGUUUCCAUCAGUAUUUUAAUGAAAGUGUUAGAGAGUAGCUGAUAUUUGUCUAAAAUAUAACUUAUUGAUUUUUCUUUAAAUUUAAAUACAUGCAAAUGGUAUGUAGCUCUAUAAGUCUUCGCCAUCAUAGCUUUUUCUAAUACCAUUUGAGCUUUUUAGCCAUCCGAGUUAGAGAAUCUGCUAACACUGAUACCCAUCAAUAGCUCCCAAAAUAAAUAAUGAGAGCUACAACAGCCAAAGCAAAUUUUACCCACCAACUUCAAAAUGGUGAUUUUCUCAGAUCUUCAAGUGGCAGCUACUAAGUUUUUUCAUUGGUAUGUAUUACACGGUGUUGUUUAGCAAGGCACCACCUCCCACAUCGCUUUCCCUUGCUCUCUCCCCUUCCAUAGUGUGAGAAGGGGAUAAAGAAAUAAGAGAUAAAUUAUAUCCUAUGAAGACUAAAUGCCUUUGGGUCUUCUAUGAGUAAAUGCUGUGAUUGCAGCUCUGUCAGGGAAUCAAGAGGUGGCAGUUGUCACUAAGGACAGAGGGUUCUCACACCACAUGACUUCAGGUAUUCAACUUAAGGUCCUAAUGUGGGAAACAGAGGUAAGAGUCAUCUCAUUUAAAUUCAGAUGUUCAAAAACCAGAUUCCUGAAUCCAUGCUAGUGCUCCACUGCUCAUUAGCGAGGAGAUGUAAAUAUUUCCAGAGGAAAACCGGUUUGGUCUCUAUUCUAGAAUGACUUUUGAGGGUGUUACAUUUUUUUUGUUUUGUUUUGCUUUCCUGUGCCAAAGGUCAAGUAGACAAAUCUCUUCUGUCUCUUGAAUAACCUUAGAGCACCUCUAAGCUAUCCUCUGGAGCCUGAGAUGGGUACCUAAGCUCCUUGUUCAAGCACAUGAAGUGAGUGGAUACUUCAAGUUGGGUUGAACAAGGAUCCGUCAGGUUGCAGAAAAGCAAUGCUGCCUUCUGCAGAAGUCACUGUCUUCCAUUCCUGGUCAUCAGCUCUUGAGUAUAGAUGCAUAAAGACUCCUUUACAUUUGGUUUGUAAAAUCACCAUGGUUUUGACUUCUCUUUCAGUAGAAGUUCACCUGAUUGCAUCAUAAACUGUUAGAGCUUGAGCCUUAGAAAUUUUUAGUAAAGUCCUGAUAAAUACCUCAUAGUAACCCUGUGAACAUUUUGAACAUUUGAAGUCAAGAAGUUAGUCCUUUCUAUUCUGGAAAAGCUUUAAAUAUCAACCUUAACACUUGCCACUAAUUAUAAUUGACAGAUCUUAAUGGGUAAAUUUCUACUGCUACUGUUAUAUUUUUAUGGACAUCAUCUGUAUCUUUCUUUUUGUACAUGAAAGGGAGCAAGAAAAGUGUGGGAUUCCUGACCUCUCCUGAAUCUGUGAACAGGAAUCUGCUAUGUAGUGCAGUGACGGACUUAGCUCUGGGCAGAAUAAAUGCAACAGUUUGUCCUGCUGUUUUGCCUCUGGAUAUUAAAUGGUUUCCAGCUUACUUACCAAAGUUAGAUUUUCUCCUAGGAUAGACUGGGUGUCAUUUAGCUGUUUGCUGAAGGGAGCAUAAAGAGCUGAAAAAGAGAGCAAAAAUACUAUUUGCAAAAUUAAUCAUGUGUUUGCAGAUUUGUUUCUAUUUUCUCAAUUAUAGACCUCUGGUUUUCUGAAUUCGAAGUAGUUGUAACAUGAGCUAAGGUGUUCCUAAUUCUGAUUUUGUUAGUGCAAAGGCAUGGUGAAAAUGCUAACUUUAAAAGAAAUGUUUACAGCUGUUCCAAUUAUGAGGCCUUUUUGGACAAAGAGACUGUCAUGUGUUUCAAAACACUAUCAAACCAGGGCUAUGGAUGAUGAGGAAUUCAACUUCAUCAGUUCUUCACUUCUGCACUGACUUCUAUCAAGUCAUCCUGCAGAGACCCACAUUCCCAGGUGGAAUUUUUCUCCAGCCCCCGGUGCUUAUGCCUCUCCACAGGUCUCUGCCCAGCCUCGGGCAUGUGCCUGAGGGACAAACACUGGAAGCUCCUGUGAUCUAAGUGAGGAGUUAUCCUUCUGCUAUUCCUGUAUGAAAGACAGGGCCUGAAGGAAAUUUAAAUCUAAUUCCAAAGAAUGUUCCAUAUGCUCUCAGUUACGUACACGUUCUUUAGUGGUAAUGUGUACAGAUUUCUGGAUGGAGAGAAACAUUUUUGCAAGGUUUGUCUCUGUACUGUAUAUUCAGACAUUUUGCUAUAAAAUUUGUUAUAAACUUGUGUCACAGCAUGAUUUUA